CCUCUCCCCUCUCGUCCAGGAUUCAGCCUCCAGCUCCUCCUCUGAUGCAUCGUUUGCAUCAGUAGGGAAACACUUGUCUGCGCGCUGCUGUACCUCCCCACAGUGCAUCCACGGACUCCACUUUAUCAGGUGAUGACAGACAAACGCUCAAGUGUGAAAAUGAUAUGUUUUUAACACGGCUGAAGUCGAAAUUAACGUAGAAUGGAGAAGCGCCUCGGUCACUGCCUUUUUAUCAUUCCGUCUGAGUGGAUUUGGCUCUUCACCCUAACUUCCAUCCUGGUCGGAACAAAAGCGGAGCUAAGGUGCAUUCCCUCGUGCCAGCUGCCGCUCAUUACAGCAUUUCCCAGGGAACUCUCGGAGCUGGAUCUGACUAAUUUUGGCGAGGCACCAGAAGAUUUUAUUGAUUUUACGGAGGGGUCACCGGACACCAAACCCAUCGCCUGCGGGGACGAAGGGCACAACGUUGCGGAAUUCACCGCGAGUGAAGAAAGUUCGUCCAAAGUGCAACCACGGUUAGGGGUUCAUAACACAAGUUGUCUCAAAAAGGACGCGUUGAACGGACAGCAAAAACUUUCCCAACCGAAAGUGUUUACUGGAAGUGCUUCUCCCGCAUCUGUCACUUCUCCUAGUGAGGCUGACGUUACCGAAAAUAGCACCGGUGAUGGAAAAAAGAACAGCUUUUACGGUGAAAAUGGGGCACAGGUUGAUGUGACAGUAAACCGGGAUACGGAUGUGGCCAGUUGGAGACGAACACGGAAGGCGAGGAGCGCAGAGACUUGGUCUGAACUCAGACCUGAGGGCGGGGAGGGCGCUUCGGUUUCGGACCAGGAGUUUGAGCUCACAAGUUCGACAUUCGCACUCACCGGGGACACGGCUCAUAACCAGGCGAUGGUGCACUGGUCCGGACAAAACAGCAGCGUGAUCCUCAUGUUGACAAAGUACUACGACUUCAACUCUGGCAGAGUAACAGAGAGUUCUUUAUGGAGGUCAACUGAUUAUGGGACCACGUAUGAGAAAUUUAAUGAGAAAAUUGGGACAAAAACCAUCCUGAGCUACUUGUACGUGAGUCCGAACAACAAAAGGAAGAUCAUGUUACUUACCGACCCGGAGGUGGAAAGCAGCCUGCUCAUUAGCCUUGACGAGGGGGCGACCUAUCAGAAACACAGCUUAGCCUUUGAUAUCCUCAGCCUGCUUUUUCACCCCGAGCAGGAGGACUGGAUUAUGGCUUACAGCCAUGACCAAAAGCUCUAUGUCUCUGUUGAAUUUGGAAGGAGAUGGCAGCUUGUGCAUGACAGCGUUGUCCCCAACAGAUUCUACUGGUCCAGACUGGGUUUAGACAAAGAGCAAGGAAUGAUUCACCUGGAGAUCAGUGUCUCUGAUGGACGGUCACAGUACAUAACUUGUAAACUUCAGAAUUGCUCUGAUGGAAACAAGGGCAAGCCUUUCCCUGGAUUUAUCAUCCCUAAUUCCCUGGUGGUUCAGGAUGAAUACGUUUUCAUCCAGGUGCCAGUAGGUGGCCAGUCUGUCCAUUAUGUGUCCUAUAAAAGACAUUCUUUCUACCCAAUGAAGCUUCCCAAGUACACUCUGCCAAAGGACUUGCAAAUAAUCAGCACAGAUGACAACCAGGUGGUGGCAGCGAUUCAGGACUGGCAUCAGAAUGACUCCUACAACCUGUACAUGUCUGAGUCCAGAGGGCUGUUCUUCACCCUGAUGCUGGAAAACGUUGUGAGCAGUGGAGGACCAGAGGGCAAUAUCAUGAUAGACCUCUAUGAGGUUGCUGGGAUUAAAGGGGUGUUCCUGUCAAAUAAAGUUGUUGAGAACCAAGUGAAAACUUAUAUCACAUACAACAAGGGAAGAGACUGGCGUCUUCUUCAGGCUCCAACAACCGAUCUCCAGGGAAACAAGGUCUAUUGUGAACCACCUUACUGUUCGUUGCAUCUACACCUUCAUGUGUCAGAGAAUCCUUACACCUCGGGAAACAUUGUCAGCAAAGAUUCAGCUCCAGGAAUUAUAAUAGCGUCAGGUGUAGUUGGAUCUGAGCUGACCAGUAAUAAUGUCAGUAUUUUCAUCACAUCUGAUGCUGGAAACAGCUGGAGAGAGGUUUUUCAGGAAGAGUACAGCGUGUUUUUCCUGAAUCAAGGAGGGUCUCUGGUGGCCAUCCGACACACACCUCUGCCAAUUAGACACAUUUGGCUGAGUUUCGAUGAGGGCAGAAACUGGGACAAAUAUAGCUUCACCUCCUCACCGCUCUAUGUUGACGGGGUGCUGGGGGAGCCAGGAGAGGACACCCUCAUAAUGACAAUAUUUGGUCAUUUUAGUCAUCGAUCUGAGUGGCAACUUGUCAAAAUUGACUUCCGGUCCAUUUUCCAACAACAAUGCACAUCUGAAGAUUACAUGACAUGGCAGUUACACAAUGAGGGCGAAGUGUGCAUCAUGGGAAUGAAGAGAAUCUUCCAAAAACUGAAAGCAAACGUUCUAUGUGUCAAGGCUAGAAAUCAGUACAUUUCCCAGAUGUCAGACUCCUGCCCGUGCACAGAGGCUGAUUUUGAGUGCGACUACGGGUUUGAGAGGCAGAUUGAUGGUAGCUGCGCUCGGGCUUUCUGGUUCAUUCCUUCAGCAACAUCUCGAGACUGCAUCACAGGGGACAGCUUCCUCAACACCACAGGAUAUCGCCGGGCUUUGUCUAACAACUGCACGGAGGUAAUGCUGUUGAAGUACAGCCCCAGACGACAAAAGUGUCCCAGUCAGGCCCCCAGGGGCCUCCAGCUCUUCACCAGUGAGGGAACACUGGUAGCAACACUGGAGAGGAAUGUCACUUUCUUGGUGUUUCUGGAAGAGGGUCUCAGCUCCAUGACAAGUAUAACAGUGGAUUUUGGCGACGGGACAGCAAUAUCGUAUGUUAACAUAAGCUCCAUUGAUGAUGGGGUCAAGCAUAUCUACAGUAAAGUUGGCAUCUACCAAGUUUCUGCUACAGCUACCAACACUCUGGGCUUUGACAGGGUUAUACUCUACCUCCACGUCUCCUGUCAGCUUGAACACGUCCAGCUCUCCGCUCCUUCGGUGGUCGUCAAGAACAAAGCAGUAAACCUCACCACAGUGUUAAGUCCCAGAAAUGUGGGAACAGUCACCUAUUACUGGUGGUUUAAUAACAAAACGGAGCCUGUUGUGACUCUGGACGGAGCGAUAUCCUUCACUUUCUCCAAGGAGGGACGGCACACUGUCACUGUUCAGGCUUCAAUUGGCAAUACUGUCCAUCAGGAUCAAAUGACUGUGGCUGUUUAUGAUCAUUUCCGGUCACACGUUUUGGCCUUUUCCUCUACUUUGGAUGAGCUGAACCCCGGGGUGUCUGAGUGGAGGGAGGACAUUGGCAGAGUGGUGAAGAGCUCCAUGGUUCAGGUCACAGGAAUCAAUCAGGAUCAGCUCCUGGUCACAGUGCUUCCAGGUUUGCCAACAACAGCAGAGAUUUUCAUUGUGCCCGAGAAGAGGCCAAGACAUAGAGCCAUGGAUGAAAAAUGGGCACACCUGGAUCAGCUUUCUCAGAUUCUGCUAAGUGCUUUGAACCAAGACCUCAUCCAGUUCACACUCAAACCUGGGCUGCAGGUGAAUGUGUUUGCCACGCAGCUGUCUCCAGCUCCUCUUGUAGACAGCGGUGAUAGUGGCCACAGCAGCACUGCAGUCAUCAUGCUCGUGUCAGUUGUACUCAUGGGCUUGGCCGUCUUUGUAAUAUAUAAGUUUAAAAGGAAGAUCCUGGGCAUCAACACAUAUACAGCAGAGCAGCCUGACAAAGAAGAAGAGGUCAUCCCGACAGUGACCUCCAUAGCCAUCCCAAACCCUGAGGGGGACAAGCUGACCUCACUGGAUAAUGUGGAUGUACAGUUGGAUUCAAAAGGCAGAGGCUACCUGCCAUCUCACACAGACAUCAAGCUCUCUGAUGAAGCGCCCCAUGUGUUUUAAUGUUGAGAGUCUAUGACCAACUCGAAAGCAAUACAUCUUCUUUGGCAGUUACUUCCAGCAAGCUAUGAAACCACAGUCACAAUGAAUGGUCUCAAGUGUUUUGCUACCCAUGCAUGGAUGGACCAGUUUACACUGUGCUGCCUAAUCCCUCUGAGGAGACUGUACAGAUUUAUAUUUGCUUCUUGAAAAGGGACACUUUUUGACUGAAAAUACUUGUAUUUUUGCAAGGACAUUGAUCUUUUUAUGUAAAUAAUGUACAUCCAUAAUGGAAGAAGUAAAAGUUAUUUGUCUCAUCUGGUUACAGCUGCAUCUGCUCAAAUAUGAAAAUAUCAAACAGCGGGACAGAAGUGCUGUAUAAUGAUAUCUCAAAAUAUGCUCCUAUUUUGGUUCUCUGGGUCUGUGUUUGUGAAGUUUACUUUGUUUAACUGUGGAAAUAGCUUAUCUGGGUAAGACAGUGAGGGAAGCAGAUUCAUUAAGCUCUGUACAAUCCGGAAAUCUUAUCACCAGAUUCUCAUCAAAUGAAAGCUUGCAAUAUCCAGGAGAUGAACGAGGGCUCCUAGGCCCAGAUCUGUGUAUUCCAUCAAGCCUGUCUCUUCGCCGCUCAAAAUGUUAUAUACUGUAUGUCAUAACAAAAAAAGGACAGAAGAUGGAGAAGUGGAUAUACUAGAUAGGUGUAUACAGUAGAUGAGAAACUGAGCAAUCCUUCUUGUUCAGGAGACUCAAAUAAGUCAUGUUAGUGCCACUGGAAUGAAUGAUACAUGUUAUACCUACUUACUUUACAACUAGGUUACACACUGUCUCAUGUAAAUCAUUCAUAUAGAUUAUUAUUGUAAUGUCAAUGUUAUGUUUUCAUUUUAAAGUAAAUUUGCCUGUUAAACAAGGCAAUGGCUUUUAAACAUAUGUUUUAUUUUUUGCCUUGUUGCCCAGGGCAUUUCUUGUACAUUGUGGUUUCUAUAAAGAAAACUAAAUGUAAAUGUUUUGAAUAAUUCCUGUCAACAAAGAAGCAGUACAACAGCAAACACUAAAAAGUGCUACAUAUGUAUUUCAUUUCAUAAAUGAAUGAAAGAUAUAUUAGUUUGAGAUUGAUUAGCUAUUUGUUUGUGUUUGAGAUUCACCACCAUAAAGUUAAAAGACUUGUGUUCCUUGACUCAGUUACAAAACAUUUCACAUGUUUUUGUGGUUUUUCUUUAAAACUGAUCUCACUGUGAAGGUUGCGGUGCCUUUUCACAGGUAUGACAACACUGAAACCCCUAGGUUUGAAUGGAAACUCAUUUUACACCUUUUUCUUAAUUCUGGACUGUUUACCUCGGUGAUACCAGCAUCUCCACAUGGCAUUUUCUCAGUUUACAGUAACACAGAGGAGCCUGCAGUCUGUUCUCAGUUUGCCCCCAAGGAUGCAGCAGACAAAAGGCUGCAGAUUUGUUCAUCUCCUUUGCUGCGAGGGACACAGAGAUAGAGAAGACGUAUCACCUGUCAACAAGGCUCAGCCUACGCACAGAGCUUUGGUCAGCUGCUGUCUCUUUGGGAUAAGUACUGAAGUUCUUCUUCAUCAAACUUUUCUUUUUAAGUGUUGUCAGCAUCAUAUGUCAGUAAGACAAAUUGACUGGAGGCUUCUCCAUACUUCUUCCUUCCAAUCCUGCCAUUGAGCCUGAAGCAUAAAUGAACUCAUAGGCCUACUUAUCAUCAGGCGAACACUGUCUCCACACUGAUCGUCAGAAGAGUUUUAUUUCGUGAUUGUUAAUUAUUUAACAAAACUCUUGUCAAGUCCAAAUAAUCAACCUGUGAAUACAAUUGUGAACAAAAUUGCAUGAUUUCUUUUUUUUUUUACCUGUUCCAAGAUAUUAAAAAUGUCUUAAUUAGUAAAAAGUGAAAUGUUAGAAAUGUGAACUGCAGGAUAUUCUGUUUCUCAGAUGCUAUAGAAGACCCAUUCAUUACAAGUGAUUGAUUAUGCAGUGGUUUGAUACUGUGUUUUUCAUUUGAUCUUGUAGGGGAAACCAUGGUUGCAGAAUAAAGCAGAAACACAACAUUGA